AUGAUAAAUUUUUCUUAUAUUUCGCUUUUCCUAUUUUUCGAGUUAUUUUCUUUUUUUUUAAAUGAUAAUAAACAAUUUUAUAUAAAAGUAGUAAGUUGUAACAUUCAUAUAAUCGAUAAUACCAAAAGCAGUGAUAAUCCAAAAGAAUAUAUAUAUUUAGGAAAAAAUUACAAAGAUGAAGAAGAGCAAAAAAAAGAAAAUUACAAUGAAUUAAAUUAUUUUUCUUCAUUGAGUAAUAUUCCUGAUAAAAAAAAAGGAUUUAUUGAUGAACAAAAUUCUUUAAGAAAAUUUUAUGAUAAACAAUUUUUACGCAUUGGUGAUUUUUUUUAUUCGCAAUGCAACCAAAAAUUUUAUUCCACAAAAAUUGUUCAGCUAGAAUACUUAUGCAAAAAAAAUAAUAUGUUUACAAGAGCAAAAAUUAACGAAAACAACCAAAUAGAAAAAAAGACUGUAGAAGAACUCAUUAAUAAUUAUGGUUAUAUUUUGUUUUCUGAUAUAGAUAAAAAAACUGCAAAUGAAGAAAUAAGUUUAAUUGUUUCUCCAAAGAAUAAUGGUAAUGAUAUUUGCUCAAAUAAUGAAAUUCCUCUUUUAUAUAUAUCAACUGUAUGUGAAACUAAGAAAAGAAAUAAUGAUGAUAAUAAUGAUAAAAUAAUUAUUAAAAGUUUUUUCAAUAAAGAUGAAAAUAUUUUAUUAACAUGCAAUAGAACUAGUAUAAAUAUUCUAUCAGCUUAUUACAUAAGUGAAAAUACAUAUUAUAAAGAUGAUAUUCUUGAUACAACAAAUAAGAUAAGUGAAUGUUGCAAUGGAUUUAAUGAAUGUAGUGUACCAUCAAUUCUUUUUUAUAAUAUGAUUAAACAUAAAAAAGAAGGAAAAACAAAUAUAGGAAAUAAUCCAUUUUUAUUGAUAGAAUAUAAAUGUAAUUCGAAAAAUUUAAAAAAAAACUUAGAAGAAAAUAGUAAAGAUAUAAAUUAUCCUCUAUUUAAAAGGGGGAAUAAAUGUUCAUAUAAGGAAAGUAAAUUAACGAACAUUAAAAAAAUAAAACAUAAACCUAAUUAUGAAAAAAAAUUUCAAAAUAUAAAGAACUUAUCUCAUUUUAUGUUAGCUAGUAAACAAAUAUUUAAUCCCUUUUUUUUAAGAUUAAAAGAGAAAAUAAAAAUGUCUCAUAUAUUAAAGAAUAAUAAGGAAAAUUCAAAUGUACUGAAGAAAAGGAAAACAUAUUUUUUUGUAGAUAAUAAAAAAGGGAAUAUAAUGUUAAAUAAUUUAUUAUUACAUAAUACAUUAAAUAAUUAUAAACAAACCGAAAGACAUAAAGUAUUUUUCAAUAAUCACCUUACAAAAAACAAAAAGGAUGAUUUCAAAAUAUAUAAAGUGGAGAAUAGAAAAUUUAACAAACUAUCAAAAAGUACUACGUUUUUAGAAUUAUCUAAAGAACAUUUAGGUGAAAUAGAAGAUCUUCUUGCAAAAGAUGAAUCAAGCCUAAAUUUACCUUUCAAAAAUCCCAUUGCAGAUAAAAUUAAUUUGUUAGAAAAUGAUUCGGAAUGGAUUAUAACUCCAAGGCCAUUUGUAAGUUGUAGAGAAACAUCAUGUCCUAAUUCUUAUGAAAUGUGUGUUCCCAUGUUUAUUGAUGAAAAGAAAUUUUUCAGUGGUAAAAGAUUUAAAGAUAUUCUUGCUGAAAUUUUAGGUAAAGAUAAUUUACGAUCUUCAUAUUCCGACGAUGAUCCUUAUUAUUAUUUUCAUUAUUUUACGUGUGUAUGUAAGAAGCAAGCUUCAGAUAAUUUUUGUGAUGAAUCAGUAGAAUAA